CCACACAAACUCAAAUAAUUUUCAAAGAGUGUCUUGUUUUCUAGCCAUUGCCUCUUCAAUUUCUUAUUCAAUUCAAUUCCUUUCUCAGUCCUUUUUUUUUCUGGUCAUUUUCUCAUAAAAAAUGCAGGGGGAAGGAAGUGGUUCCAAUCCAUUCCAAGAAAAUUAUUACUACUACAACAAUGGAUCUGGCACUCAAAGGCUCAACUUAAUUCAGUUGAUGGAAGCACCUGAUCCUCAACAAGACCCACUCGCUCAACCUGAUUUAAAUCAGGAAACUAGCCCAGUCAGUUUUGUGGAUCUAUUGACCCGGGAACGAUCGCUUUCUCCACCAAUUCAUUGGGACUCAAUUUAUCAAAGGUCUGAAGGAAGCAUGAGCUCAGGAAUCCAUCAGUUCUCAAGUGGCCCAUCAACUUUCCAAGGGACUAGCAGUUCUGGUGCUGUACUAGGUUCAAUUGACCAGAAUGCUCUAUAUGCCUACAAUUCCUCCAACCCUAUUAUGCUAACUUCAAGGACAACACAAUAUGAAGUGAAGGAUACUGUCAACUGGCAGAAUCCUUCACCAGAUGAUAGGUGUGUUUUCUUGAAGAGGAGAGCACCUGAAGAUCAUUUUGGACCGAUGUCUUUAGGUGGCAGUUCAAGCUCUGCUCAACGAGCUGAGAACUAUGAACAACAGGCUGGUUAUUUUGAACAACUGGGUGUUUCUGCCCAAGGAAAUGCUAGAGGCAGGUUGAACUUGAAUGCCAAUAUCACAGAACAGGCCGAAUCCUCUAGGAGAAACUUUCGUUCAAGAACAUGUGUACAACAGCUUUCCAUGCCCACAAACUUACCAGCCUGGCACUCGAAUGAGAUUAAUGUUCAAAACAACCUGCAAACAACACUCUACUUUCCAUUCGAUCGCUUUCCAAGCAAUAGCAUAUCUGUAGUACCGUUUUACACAACACCAACAGUCCAACCAAUUGCCCAGGGCUUUAACUUUGUGCAAAAUUUAUGGCCUAUGCAAUUGAAUGGGGCAAACGUGCUUGGUGGUUUUAAUCAUGGGCAAAACUCAAUGGACAGAGCAAGUUACAUGAUUAAUCGCCCUGAUUUCAUAAGUCCAGUAUUUGAACCAGGAUAUUCAGAGAACAUACUAAGGAACAUGAACAUGGCCUCUCCUACAGUUGGAAGCAUGGCACACGCUACAGGAAUUAUUGCAGCGGGUCUUCAUGCACUUUCUUCUUCAGCGUAUCCCCAGAGAAAUUGGUCCAACCCGCACAGAAUGGAAAAUCUCACCGUAAAUGGCUUGGGGUCAGGUCAUUACCACCCUAUGCAUGGUUUUCAUGCUGCUGUGAAUCAAAGAAGGGGAGUUUCCAGUGUUGGACGUGAUCAUGCCAGCUCUUCUCAGGCAAGUCAAAGAGUUGCGAGACGACGUUCGAGACGACGUGCUAGGGGGCCUUCACCUCGCAUACGAUCUCCAACUGCUACUGAAAGAAGAAGAAGAUUAAUGAACGAGGUUCGUGAAGCGUUGGACAAUUUCAGAAGGGUGGGUGGCGAACAUUUUCGGGAACUAAUUGCCCUGGGAGAGCAAUUUGAAAUCAUUGCAAAUGAGGUAGGGCAAAUCCAAGUCGUUGAAAAUGGAUUAACUGAGGACACAAUUAUGGCACGUCUGAGUCGGGAAACCUAUCAUCCUGCCGGGCCAGAGGAACACAGGGCAUGCAGUAUUUGCCAGGAUGAGUAUGCUGAAGGGGAUCUUCUUGGGAAACUGGAUUGUGGACAUGACUAUCACUUCGAGUGUAUCAAACAAUGGCUUAUGAGGAAGAACUCAUGCCCCAUGUGCAGGCACAGAGCUCUGGCUAUUUGAUAAAGGAAUAUGCAAGUCUUUCAGAGGAAAUCUUAUUCUCCGUAGCUUGAUUGACUCAAGUUUGGAACAUUUACUGACAGGAAUAAGAAGCCCACUGUCAUUAACAUGACGGUAGCUCCAAAGGACAAUACUUCUGGUGAGAGAGCAGCGGCAUUUACUUUUAAUAUAAAGGAAAAUACUUG